AUGCCCCGACCAUCCACCAUUGUCCUCAUCCUGACGACCUUGCUAUCCCUCGCUUCGGGCUCCUUCAGCACCCUGACGGACGACCACCUGCGUUCAAUACCGUCACCAAACGAUGACUUCAACAUCAAAGAGGGCAAGCUCCUCGCUCCCAUCUUGAUUCCUCGGGUGCCCGGCACGGAUGGCUCGUACAAGGUCCAGAAGCAUUUUGUCGACUUUUUCGAAAACGAAUUGCCUGAAUGGCGGCGCAUAUCGCAGAACUCGACCAGCAAGACACCCGUUACAGGCGACAGAGACGUACCCUUCACGAACUGGAUCUUUCAACGCGAUCCACCAUGGGCUCACGAAGGCGAUGUCGGCCGCCUCACGCUAGUCGCUCACUUUGACAGCCUGAUCAAGCCAGAGGGUUUUAUUGGAGCCAUUGACAGCGCGGCUCCCUGUGCCAUGCUUAUGCAUGUGGCGCGCAGCAUCGACACCGCUCUGGCCUCGAAAUGGAAAGACAUGGAAGACUCGGGAGACGCAGGGCUCGAGGAGGCAAAGGGCAUACAGAUCAUCUUCUUGGACGGCGAGGAGGCAUUCGACCACUGGUCGGACGAUGACUCCCUCUACGGCGCUAGGAGCCUGGCCGCCGAGUGGGAAAGGACACCACACGAGACCAUGUCCACCUACAAGACGCCCCUUGACAGCAUCAGCCUGUUCGUCUUAUUGGAUCUGCUAGGUGCGGAGAGCCCGACGGUCCCGAGCUACUUCCUGCCAACGCACUGGGCAUACCGAAACAUGGCCGAUCUCGAGAAACGCAUGCGCGACUUGAAGCUCCUGGAGAGCUCACCCAAACAUCCCUUUUUGCCAGAUGGAAACAAGGAAGCUACCACAUUUGGGAGGGGUUUCAUCGGGGACGACCAUGUGCCUUUUAUGCAGCGCGGGGUUGAGAUCCUACAUCUUAUUCCUAGCCCGUUCCCAAGAGAUCUGUGGCACAAGAUAGAGGACGACGGCGAGCAUCUUGACUUGGGGACUUUCCCUGCCAUCACGCACUUCAGAGCUGGUGGCGUUAAGCAGUGCGACUCCAAGCUGUCCUCAACAGCAACUCCGGUCCUCGAAGCUCCAUCACCACCUCACUUCAAGAUGCGCUUCCUACCUUCCUUCGCUCUUUUGGCGAGUGCCGCCAGCGCCGCCUCAACCUGGUCCUUUUCUGAUGGCGCAGUCGAGGUCGCCAGCAAAGGCUCGGUCUCCACCUCCUACAUCUUCGCCGACGUUCAAGAAACCGUGCAGCUCGGCCAAGCUGACAGACUAAAGGUCUCGCUCACGGCCAAGGAUGGCAGCAAGCCAAAGAGACCGCACCAGGCAUUCCUGAUGCUCAAGGAGAAGCACACCGGGCUCGAGGCGCCCUACGCACUGACACUGAAGGAGUCCGGCAAGGGCACUGUCGAGCUUACGCAAAAAGAUCUUCCCAUCCAGCUCCUUACCUCGACCGACCCGCUCGAAGCCUCGUUGGUAAUUGGCUCUUUUGGCUCGACAAAGGGUGCCGUGAGCCACGCCUUCAACGUUGCCAUUCUCGUCGAUCCCAAUGUCCCCCGACCGCAGUACGAGGCGCCAUUGCGAUAUGGCAAGAAGCCCGAGAUCCACCACAUCUUCCGCGAUGAUCCCAAAAGCCCUCCCAAGAUAAUCAGCCUCGUAUUCGCGCUGGCUGUCGUAGCCACGAUUCCUCUCGUCUUGCUCGGGUGGGCUGCCAUGGGCGCAAACCUGGACCACGCCGCGAAAGCCGUUUCGGGCUCAGCCUCGCACAUUCUGUUCUUCGGGUCCAUUGUCGCUAUGGAGGGGGUAUACUUCCUGUACUACAGUGGGUGGAAGCUGUUUACUGUGCUGCCCUUUAUGAGCAUAAUUGGGCUUGUGGCGUUUCUGAGCGGAAGCAAGGCACUCGGCGAGGUGCAAAAGAGUAGACUUGCUGUGACGCCGCAUCGCAUUCGACCCACCAUGGCAAAAAGACUACAUCCUAAAUUCCCCAUGAUUGAGGAGACAUUGAACCACCCCGCCUAUCCAUCAACAAUAUGGCUACUCGAGCCCCAUCGCCAAGGCACGUUGCCUGUGGCUAAAGAUCGAGGAGGGCCAGUCAACAUCGCGUGGGAGAUCCAUGGCUCAGGACCGACAAAGAUUUGUUUCAUCAUGGGUCUAGCUGGCGUGACGGCAUCGUGGCAGCGACAGACAAAGUACUUUGGUCAUGAACGCGGCGAUACAUACUCGGUCCUUAUCAUCGACAACCGCGGCAUGGGCGCAUCUGAUAAACCUGUCGCUCGCUAUUCCACCUCGGAGAUGGCACUUGACCUCAUUGAGGUCCUUGACCAUGUGGGCUGGACAUCAUCGCGGGAAGUGAACGUCGUCGGGAUCUCUUUGGGCGGUAUGAUCGCUCAAGAGGUCGCAUGCGCCAUUCCAGAAAGGCUCGCUUCGUUAAGCCUAGUAAGCACAAGUGCCGAGGUGCAGAAUACUCAAGGCUAUCUCGACUGGGCCAAGGAACGACUGGGGUUUGUGGUCCCGAAGAGUCAGGAACAGGCAAUCGUCGACACAGCGAGGAAGAUCUUUGUGGAUGAAUGGUUGGAGGCCCCUGACGCGGAGGAGCCACCAUCCCCCGAGUCGACUCCCCGAUGCAAAGCGCCGCCCGGUGGGAAGUACUUGUUGUUUGACAACAACUUUCAACGCUUCCAGGCACAAGAAAUAAACAAAAGGCGACACCCGCACUACUGGUCUACCCCGGGCUUUCUUUGCCAGCUCAUCGCCGCUGGAUGGCAUCGCAAGAGUGAUGCGCAGCUGAAGGAAAUGGCUGAUAAGGUUGGGCGAGAGAGAAUCAUGGUAAUGCACGGCAACACUGAUAAGAUGAUCAUUGUGUCCAACGGCCAAAGACUUAUCGACAUUAUUGAGCCUGACACGGGACUGAUUGUAGACGGCAUGGGUCACGCACCCGUGAUGGAACGACAGAAAUACUUUAAUGAGCUGCUAGAGGAGCGCUUGAAGCAUUGGGGACAAGUAUAG